AUGUCUAGCAUCGAACUUAUCAACCCUCGGGCGGAGAGCGUGCGCCGGACGCAGGCUUUGCAGGUCAACACUGCUGGCGCAGUAGGUCUCGCAAAUGUCGUCAAGAGCAACUUGGGACCAAGGGGGACAAUCAAGAUGCUGGUGGAUGGGUCGGGUCAGAUCAAGAUGACCAAGGAUGGAAAGGUGCUUCUGUCUGAAAUGCAAAUACAGAACCCCACCGCCGCUAUGGUCGCUCGGACAGCUGUCGCCCAGGAUGAGCAAACAGGAGACGGAACGACUUCGGUCGUCCUCCUCGUCGGAGAGCUGUUGAAGCAGGCGGACCGGUAUAUCCAGGAAGGCGUGCAUCCGCGAGUUAUUGGAGAAGGAUUCGACUUGGCUAAGAAGGAGGCUCUUUCUUUCCUCGACAGCUACAAGCAAUUCCCCGAACUCGACCGCUCCACCCUCAUCUCCGUCGCCCACACUUCCCUCUCAACCAAGCUCCACGCCGAACUCGCCAAGAAGCUCGCGGCCGACGUCGUCGACGCCGUCCUCGCCAUCCGCGCGCCCGAGCCAACGGACGGGAGCAUGCGGGAGCCAAUCGACCUCCACAUGAUUGAAGUGAUGAAGAUGCAGCACAAGACGGAUACGGACACCCAGCUGGUCAAGGGGUUGGUGAUGGACCACGGAGCGAGACAUCCGGACAUGCCGAAGCGGGUGGAGAAUGCGUUCAUCUUGACGCUUAACGUGUCGCUGGAGUACGAAAAGACCGAGGUCAACUCGAGCUUCUUCUACUCAUCAGCGGAACAACGCGAGAAGCUCGUCGAGUCGGAGCGCCGGUUCGUCGAUGCCAAGCUCAGGAAGAUUGUCGAGUUCAAGAAUGCCGUGUGCGAUGUUGCUGUUGGGUCAGGCGAGAAGCCCAAGCAAUUCGUCAUGAUCAACCAGAAGGGUAUCGACCCGAUGUCGUUGGAUAUUCUGGCCAAGGCGGGCAUUCUGGCGCUGAGGCGGGCGAAGCGGAGGAACAUGGAGAGGUUGCAACUGGCUUGUGGCGGUAUCGCUCAAAACUCGGUGGAUGACCUGACACCGGAUGUGCUGGGAUACGCGGGAUUGGUAUACGAACACACGUUGGGAGAGGAGAAGUACACCUUUGUGGAAGAUGUCAAGGAGCCAAAGAGUGUGACCAUGCUCGUCAAGGGACCCAACGCCCACACCAUGGCCCAGAUCCAAGACGCACUCCGAGACGGCUUCCGAUCCGUCAAGAACGCCAUCGAAGACAAGUGCCUCAUCCCCGGUGCUGGCGCCUUCGAGAUCGCCUGUGCCCUGCACCUCCAGACCGCCCUCAAAGCGACCGCCAAGGGCCGCACGAAGCUCGGCGUCCUCGCAUUCGCCGAGGCCAUGCUCAUCAUCCCCAAAACGCUCGCCCAGAAUGGCGGGUUCGACGUACAGGAUGCGAUUGUGAGCCUGCAGCAGGAGGCAGAGGAGACGGAGGAGGCGGUCGGUCUGGACUUGCGCACGGGCGAGCCGAUGAACCCCGUGACGGAGGGUGUGUGGGAUAAUUAUCGCGUAAAGAGACAGAUGCUCCAUUCGGCCGCUGUCAUUGCGGUGAACCUGUUGAGUACGGAUGAGAUCUUGCGGGCGGGCAGAUCAUCAUUGAAGCCGGACGGGCCAGGUCCUCAAUAG